ACCCCAAAAAAGAAGAACUUUUGCUGAAACUGCUGGAGGAGAGACAGAUCCUGCCCCUGAAACCAUGGGGCCUGUCAGCUACUCAUCAGAGACCUAUGACUUGAACCAGGUGGAGGUGAGUGGUUACUAUGAAGCCGAGAACACCACCCCUUCUUUGGAGGGCUACUUCUGCUUCAACCCAGACUCAUCCAUGGUCGGCGACCAGAGAGACCCCUUCAGAAAGGUCUUCAUGCCCCUCAUCUAUCUGCUGAUGUUUGUAUUGGGGACUCUGGGCAACGCCCUGGUCCUGGUCAUUUUAGAGAGGUUCAAGCGGUCUCGCACUACCACGGAAAACUUCCUCUUCCACCUCACCCUGGCCAACCUGGCACUGCUGCUCACCUUCCCCUUCAGCGUGGUGGAGAGCUUGGCCGGGUGGGUAUUUGGGAAGUUCCUCUGCAAGAUCCUCAGUGCUGUCCACAAGAUCAAUUUCUACUGCAGUAGCAUGCUGCUGGGGUGCAUCGCGGUGGACCGCUACCUGGCCAUCGUCUAUGCAAUCCACACCUACCGCAAACGCAGAGCUCGCUCCAUCCACCUCACCUGUAUGGCUGUGUGGCUCUGCUCGCUGCUUUUGACCUUACCCGAUCUCAUCUUCAUGGAAGUCUGGACAGAUGACAGCAACCGCAGCAUUUGCUAUUUUCCAGAGGUUGGGAUCGAUGGCAACAACGUCUGGCUGGCGACCCGCUUCCUCUACCACACCGUGGGCUUCUUCGUGCCCCUACUGGUCAUGUGUUACUGCUACACAGCCAUCGUCCGGGCUCUAUGUCAGUCCCAGCGCCUGCAGAGGCAAAAAGCUGUCCGCGUGGCCAUCCUGGUCACGGGCGUCUUCCUGCUCUGCUGGAGCCCGUACCACAUCGUCAUCUUCCUGAACACGCUGACCAAGCUAGAAACCUUCACCAAGAACUGCGUCCUGGAAGACCAGCUGGACACGGCCAUCAUGGUGACAGAGGCCAUCGGCUUCACACACUGCUGCCUCAACCCCAUCCUCUACGCCUUCAUUGGAGUCAAGUUCCGUAAUGACUUCUUCCGGAUCCUGCAGGAGCUUGGCUGCAUAAGCCAGGAGACCCUGCAGGAGAUCCUGGAGGUGACGAGGAAGGGCAGCGGGAUCGAGUCUGACAACACCACCUCUAUCUCCACGUUCUAG